GGAAGUGCUGUAAAGGGAGAAAGUAGGGAUUCGUUCUUGCUUGUUUACACCGAAGGCGGGUAGACAGGAGAGGAGAGAAGGCUACACAGAAAAGAUUGCUAACAUGAAAGGCUGGCCUUGAUGUAUUUCAUACCUGUGCCAAACGUCAAGGUGAGAACUCGUCCGCAUGCCAGCCACUCGCAGCAUGCUGGAAGAAUGCGCCCGAUAAACAAGCGAGAGGCCGGAGUCUGGCAUCAAACGAAGAGCUUGCUCUACAAGAACUUGCUCAUCAAAUGGAGGACCAAACAACAAAGUUUACAGGAGCUGAUCCUGCCGCUGCUGCUGCUGGGUCUGCUCAUCCUGAUCAGCACGCUGAACCCGCACGUCUACUACGGCGGCAUCGGCACCAUGGAGCUGGAGAGCGACAACUACCUGCCCAUCAAGGGCCUCGGCUACACCCCCAUCACCAACAUCACCAACCACAUCAUGGAGGAGGUGGCCCAGAUUCUCCACAUGGAUGAUCGUCUGGAGAUGUUCGCCAACGAGGAGGACCUGGAGAAUGCCAGCCUGUACGAGCCUCUGGGCUACGCGGGGGUGGUCUUCAGAGACAACAUGUCCUACAGGCUCAGGUUCCCCUACAAUCAGCUGCCCUUACCCAGCGACUACACGGAGUCCAUCGCUAGUUGUUUCUCCAACUCUGUGAAUUGCCGAGCCGCCAAUUACUGGUACUCCGGGUUUGUGCGCCUCCAGACCCUUAUUGACGCCGCCAUCAUACAGAUGCAGACCAAGCGGUCGGUGUGGCAUGAGAUGAACGUGCGCGUGGUGAUGAUGGGUCAGCCCGGCUCGGUGGAGGUGCAGAAGUUCCCGCACGCGCUCAUCUCCAUCUACCUGGUGCUGGCCUUCACGCCCUUCGUCUCCUUCCUCAUCGUCAACGUGGCCGCCGAGAAGGAGCGGCGCCUCAAGGACACCAUGACCAUGAUGGGACUGUACGACUCGGCCUUCUGGCUGUCGUGGGGUCUCCUGUACGCUGCUCUAGUGACCACCAUGUCCAUCCUGAUGGCGGUGAUCGCCACCUGGACCUCCCUCUUCUACAACAGCAACUUCUUUGUCAUCUUCCUGCUCAUCUUCCUCUACGGAAUCUCCUCAAUCUUCUUCUCCUUUAUGCUGACGCCGCUCUUCAAGAAGCCCAAGUUUGCCAGCACGGUGGGCUCCAUGCUGACGGUGGUGUUCGGCUGCCUGUCCCUGUUCACCGUGCUCAUGCGCGACUUCCCCCAGUGGCUCGUCUGGCUCCUCUGCCUCCUCUCCCCCAGCGCCUUCUCCAUCGGCAUCGCCCAGGUGGUGUAUCUGGAGGCCCAGGGUGACGGUGCCGUCUUCUCCACGCUGGCCAGCGGCCCCCACGCCCUCUACGUGCCGCUGCUCAUGCUCUUCCUGGACUGCAUCCUCUACCUGCUGCUCGCCGUCUACCUGGACCAGGUGCUGCCAGGUGAAUUUGGCAUGCGGCGCUCCGUCCUCUACUUCCUGAAGCCGUCCUAUUGGUCGCAGCGCAGGAAGCGCUACACGGAGGUGAGCUCGGUGUACGAGGCCGAGGUGAACGGGGCGCCCGCGGGGGACGAGUCCAUCGAGCCCAUCUCCCCCGAGUUCAGAGGCAAGGAGGCCAUCAGGAUUAAUAACAUCCGUAAGGUCUACAAAGAGAAGGACAGCAUAGUGGAGGCUUUGCGGGGCUUCACCUUUGACAUUUACGAGGGCCAGAUCACAGCGCUGCUGGGGCACAGCGGAGCGGGCAAGUCCACCCUCAUGAACAUCCUCUGCGGCAUCUGCCCCCCCACUGAAGGCUCGGCCACCAUCUACGGCUCCCCGGUGGCGGAGAUCGCGGAAGGCUCGGAGAUGAAGCAGCUGGUGGGCAUCUGCCCGCAGUUCAACAUCAUCUUCGACGUGCUCACCGUGGAGGAGCACCUGCGCAUCUUCGCCGCCAUCAAGGGCAUCCUGCCCUCCGACAUCGACGCUGAGGUGUCUAAAGUGCUAAAGGAUCUGGACCUGGAGAAGAUCAUGGAUGCCCAGGCCAAGAACCUGAGUGGCGGCCAGAAGAGGAAGCUGUCGGUGGGCAUCGCCAUCCUGGGAGACCCCAAGAUCCUGCUCCUGGAUGAGCCCACUGCAGGAAUGGACCCCUGCUCGCGGCACCAGGUCUGGUCCCUCCUGAGGAACCGACGAGCCGGCCGGGUCACUGUCCUCAGCACCCACUACAUGGACGAAGCCGACAUCCUCGCCGAUCGUAAGGCAGUGAUAUCGCAGGGCCAGCUCAAGUGCGUGGGCUCAUCGCUGUACCUCAAAACCAAGUGUGGCGUCGGCUACCACCUCAGGAUGUCGCUGAGUGAGGGGUGUGAGGUGGAUACCAUCGCAUCACUCGUGAAGCAGCAUGUCCCCAAAGCACAGUUGUCACGGCAACAGGAGGCCGAGCUCACGUUCACGCUGCCCUUUGAGAGCAUGGACACGUUUCCAGGCUUGUUUGCUGAGUUAGACUGUCGACCCGAUCUGGGCAUCACCAACCAUGGUGUCUCCAUGACAACGCUGGAGGAUGUGUUCCUGCGCCUGGAGGCAGAGGCUGAGGUAGACCAAGCAGACUACAGCGUGUUUAACCAGGAGCAGCAGCAGCAGGCGGCGGAGGAGGAGGAGGACGGGGGGGUCUCCAUGGACGACACGGACCAGAAGCUGCUGACCUUCUCCACGGGCCGCCAGGACCUGGUCAACGGCCACGCCCUCUGGAGGCAGCAGUUCGGCACCGUCGCCUGGCUACACACACUCAACCUGCAGCGCGAGAAGAAGCCCGUCAUCUACACGUUCACGCUGUUCCUGGUCUUCCUGUCGGCGGUGCUGAUCCUGUCGCUGGCCACGGGGAACAUCCAGAUCCACUCGCCAGACCGCCAGUUCCUGCCCAUCUACCUGCUGCGCCGCCACCAGCCCCACCACAAGUACACCACCCCUCUGCUGGUGCAGAACUCCUCAGACUCCGACAUCUCGAGCUUCAUCAAGAGCCUGGAGGCUCAGGACCUCAGGGUGGAGCUGAUGAGGAGGGGAGACUACAUGUCCACAGCCCCGCACAGUGCAGCCAUCAACGUCACGGGCUCCAGCAAGGGCUUUAACUACUGUCUGGCGUUUAACAGCACCACGGUGCACUCGUUGCCCAUGGUGGUCAAUGUGCUGAGCAACGCCCUGCUGAAGGGACUCAACGGCACGGGACGCAUCAGCACCUGGGCCAAGCCCUUCGACUACCAACUUCCCGACUCCACGUCCUACGCGCUGGUGUAUAUCGAGGCCGUGAUCCUGGGCAUGCUGGCCGCGGGGAUGCCGGCGUACUUCGCCAUGGACCACACCCGCGACCGCGAGAUCAAGUGCCGUUCCACGCUGCGGAUCUCGGGACUGGUUCCGUCGGCGUACUGGUGCGGUCAGGCGUCCAUCGACAUUCCGUUCUACUACCUCAUCCUGACCUGCAUGACCUGCACCCUCUUCUCCUUCCACUCCACCAAGCUCCUCACCUCCAGCAACCUCACCGCCGUGGUGCUGUGUCUGAUUGGUUUCGGUCCAGCCAUGAUCCUCUUCACCUAUUGCGUGUCCUUCAUGUUCACCAGAGUCCAGAGCAACAGGGACUUCUUCUCUGUGGUGUCUAUGAUGGUGUGUGUGGUGUCCGCCUCCACAGUGCAGCUGACGUUUGUGAACGACUGGGGGAAUCUAACGCGGAUCCUCCACAGCACCCUGUGCUUCUUCAACCCCCUGUACCCCCUCAUGGGCUGCCUGAACUGCGUCACCAAGGCAACCUUCAUUCCGUCCACGGUGGAAGACGAGCUACUUUGGAAAGGCCUGCUGAUCGCUGUGCUCGCUCCUUACCUGCAGUGCAUUCUGCUGCUGUUCUUGCUGCGAUGGCUGGAGCUACGCUAUGGAGGCAAGACCAUGAAGAAUGACCAGCUCUGCAGGAUCUCGUCCAAGCCAAAGGGUAAAGUUCAGCGGAACCCCGAGGAGAACUUGGACGAGGACGAGGACGUGAUGGUGGAGAAGGCCCGCGUCAAAGAGGCCCUCACCUGCCAGUGCUGCGAAGAGAAACCAGUGAUUGUUGUGAGUAACCUGAGGAAGCAGUUUAAAGACCGACGUGAGGGCUUCUCUUUCAGCAAGAAGAGGAGAGUCGCCACCAAGAACAUCUCCUUCUGCGUCCGCAAAGGUGAGGUGCUGGGGCUGUUGGGGCCCAAUGGAGCAGGGAAGAGCACCAUCAUGCACAUGCUGGCUGGAGACACUGACCCCACCGCUGGACAGAUCCUGAUGGGCGACUACGGCACAGACUUCCGUCCCGUGGACAACCAGCUGGAGCACGUGGGGUACUGCCCGCAGGUGAACCCCCUGUGGCCGCGCGUCACCCUGCAGGAGCACCUGCAGAUCUACGCCGCCAUCAAGGGCCUCCGCACGCAGGACGUGGCCGGCAUCAUCCGACGUGUGGUCAACGCUCUGGAGCUGAAGGAGCACCUCCACAAGCAGGCCAAGAACCUCUCGGCGGGGAUCAAAAGGAAGCUGUGCUUUGCGAUAAGCAUGCUGGGUAAUCCUCAGAUCGUGCUGCUGGACGAGCCGUCCACCGGGAUGGACCCCAAGUCCAAGCAGAGGAUGUGGAGGGCGAUCCGCGCCGCCUUUAAGAACAAGCAGCGAGGCGCCAUCUUGACCACACACUACAUGGAGGAGGCCGAGGCCGUGUGCGACCGCGUGGCCAUCAUGGUGUCGGGGCAGCUCAGGUGUAUCGGCUCCAUCCAGCACCUGAAGGGGAAGUACGGGCGCGGCUACAGCCUGGAGAUCAAGCUGAGAGAGGAGCUCACGGGCCUCCAGCAGGUGGCGCUGCUCCACAAGGAGAUCCUCCGCAUCUUCCCCCACGCCGCACGCCAAGAGAGUUUUGCCACUCUGAUGGUGUACAAGAUCCCCAUGGAGGAUGUGAAGUCUCUGGCCCAGGCCUUCUCCCAGCUGGAGAGCGCAAGGCAAAACUUCAACUUUGA